GUGCUUCAUUGUCAGACGGUCCCUGAGUAGGUGGGAGAUUCUCUUGUUUCUUGGUGUUGGAGACAAAAAAAAAAAAAAGAAACACAGCAGCUUCCCCAUCGCCAGACGCCAGCAAUCAGGAAGCUCUCCAAGGUAUGGUCCAGUGCUGAUGGCGGACUCUGAUCUGUUUGUCACAAGAGCACCCCCUGUGGAGGGGAGGCCUGUGGAGCUGGAUGUCCUGGGUUUCCUGGAGUCUUUUGGGGAAGAGAACAGCACAGCUGAGAGAUGCUACCGCUCACACUCUCGCAGCAGCGUCCUCCAGGGUCUGCCAUUUGGAGGGGUUCCCACGGUCCUUGCCAUCAAUGUUGUGCUCUGGAUGUUCCUGUUGCUCAUCUUCUCCUGUCUGAGGAAGGCUGCUUGGGACUACGGCCGCCUGGCUCUGCUGAUGGAGAAUGACAGUCUCACUUCUCUUUUUUAUGGAGAACCAAGUGAGAAAGAGAAAUCUCCAUCUGAGUCCAGCCCCUCUGAUUCUGAGACGAAGGACAUGGGCUUCUGCUCAUGGCUGACAUCGCUUUACCAUAUGAACUGCUGGCUCCAAAGUGGUGGAGCAACAGUUUUACUCAUGAUGAGGGAUGAAGAGAUCCGUAGCAAAUGCGGCAUUGAUGCCGUCACGUACCUGUCCUUCCAGCGCCACAUCAUCCUGCUCAUGACAGUGGUUUGCCUGCUGUCUUUAGCCGUGAUCCUGCCGGUCAACUUUUCCGGGAACCUCCUAGGAGACAGUCCUGAAAACUUUGGAAAAACAACUCUGGCUAAUGUUAGCGCAAAGGACAGCUUUCUGUGGCUCCACAGCGUCUUUGCUCUGGUCUACUUCAUCAUCACAUUGCUGUGUAUGGCUCACCACUUGAUACGGCUGGAGUACAGAGAAGACGAGAAGAUUGCCCGGACACUGAUGAUUACCUCCAUACCCAGAGAGAUCUCUGACCCAGGACUCAUCACCAAACACUUCCAUGAGGCCUACCCCAGCUGUACUGUCACUGAUAUCCGUUUCUGCUUUGAUGUCCACAAGCUGAUGAGGCUGGACUUAGAGAGGCGCAAGGCAAUGAAAGGCAGGCUGUACUUUGCAACAAAAGCCCAAAAGGAGGGGAAGAUCAUGAUCAAGACUCAUCCGUGCGCUCAGAUAUUCUGCUGCGACAUCUGCGGCUUUGAAAAGGUGGAUGCAGAACAGUACUACAGCGAGCUAGAAGAGAAGCGGACUGACGAGUUCAAUGCUGAGAAGAACCGCAUCUCCAUGAAGCGGCUGGGCAUUGCCUUUGUGACUUUCCGUGAUGAGAGGAUGACCGCUGUCAUUGUGAAGGACUACAGCCAUGUGCACUGCCAUCGCAGACCUCAGCAGUCAAGCAUCACCACUGUGGUGCAGUCGCAUAAAUGGGGGAUCAGCUAUGCACCUGCUCCCAAUGACAUCAUCUGGGAAAACCUGUCAGUGUGUGGAUCUCGCUGGUGGCUCCGCUGCGUCCUUCUCAACAUCCUCCUCUUCCUGCUGCUCUUCUUCCUCACCACUCCCGCCAUCAUCGUCAACACCAUGGACAAGUUCAACGUCACGAGGCCUGUAGAGAGUCUGCGGAGCCCUGUCAUUACCCAGUUCUUCCCAACCCUCCUGUUGUGGGCGUUUUCGGUGCUCCUGCCCUUCAUCGUCUACUACUCAGCCUUCUUUGAGUCCCACUGGACCAGAUCCGGUGAGAACCAGGUAACGAUGCACAAGUGCUUUUUUCUGCUGGUCUUCAUGGUCAUCAUCCUGCCCUCACUUGGUCUAUCCAGUCUGGACCUGUUCUUCACUUGGCUCUUUGAUGUCAACUUCCUGGAUGAAAGUGAUGUCAAAUUCCAGUGUGUGUUUCUUCCUGACAACGGUGCGUUCUUUGUAAACUACGUGAUUACGUCCAGUCUGAUUGGCACAGCUAUGGAGCUACUUCGUAUCCCGGCACUGACUGUGUACGCCCUCCGCCUCUGCUUUGCUAAGUCCCAGGCUGAGCGCAUUCAUGUCAAACGGAGUCAAGCCUAUGAGUUUCAAUUCGGCCUGGAGUAUGCCUGGACCAUGUGUAUCUUUGCUGUCAGUGUGACCUACAGCAUCACAUGUCCCAUCAUUACACCCUUUGGUCUGCUAUAUGUGAUCCUUAAGCACAUGGUGGACCGAUACAACAUCUACUAUGCAUAUGUUCCCACCAAGCUCAACCAGCGGAUCCACAGAGCAGCCAUCAGCCAGGUCAUCCUGGCUCCCAUCCUCUGCAUGUUCUGGCUGCUCUUCUUCUCCGUUCUCAGAUUAGGUCCAGUGCAUCCCAUCACCAUCUUCACCUCAGUGUCCCUGCUCCUCUGUAUUGCCUUCUCCCUCUUCUGCUUGUGCCUUAGGAAGCAACCAGACAAGUCGACAAGCUACCAGAUGUCUGAUCAGCCAGCAGAGGGGACGUUCACUGAUGCAGACAGGAGUACUGUAACAUCAACCACUGCCUCCAGUCUGUUUGUGGCGUCCGUGUUGCUGGAGCCAGAGCUGGCUUUGACUCCAAUGCCCUCUCCGGCUCACCACAGCUACGGUGCCAUGGCCAGCUCCCAGAGUUCAACCCACGGCCCAGAGGAGGAAGAGGAGGGUGAGGAAGACCACGCCCAGACCCAUGAGACUGAGCUCCAAGACCCCCCAGACCCCUACUGCUCCAGCCCGCUCAUGGACAGCCCCAUGGGCUACCAGUAACACCAAAUCCCCCCAAGCUGAUUUCCACGUGUCCUUCACCUGGGGAACACAGAUUGCUAAAUAGCGCAAUGCUGCGUUUUCACGACUGACCUCAGACUCCAACUUAGCUGCCUCAGACCCUGAGACUAGACUGGGCUUGUUAGGAAUGACAAAAAAAACGGAAGAGGACAGCAGCUUGUCCUCAGAGUCAUGAUGAGAAUACAGGAGCUGUAUCCAUGUAAACAUCACUAUAAAUGUAUAAACAGCAGUUUGCCAAAACAUCUCCUGAUUCUGUCUUACAGACACAAACCACACACCAAUCUCUACAGCAGAUACAUUAACCUAAAUGUACAAAUUGUUUCAGUUAAACUAUUGGAUGCUCCAUGACAGGGAUUCCAUCUUCUUCUAUGGCUUUAUUUGCAAGUGAAAAGUGAUUAAAAGUAAUGAAAGUGACCGGGAUGGAAUUGCCUUUGGGUAUCCACCAGAAAUACUCUGUCCAUGUUGUGCCACUUGGACAUGAGUGGAGGUGAAAGUUCCCACCAGAGUGGGUGGUGUGAGCAGGCUCGCCCCCGGCAGACUGACAGGAUGGUCUGGGCACGGGUGAUAUCUGGUUCCUCGGCAGCAGAGCCCAUGGAGGCUGAGGGUGAGGGCAGCUAGUUGUGAAGCCAUCUGCAGUGAGAGAGCGGACAGACGGAGGGCCGAAUGUAACUCAGAGAUGUACUGUAAUAUAUGUACACUCUAUACGGAGGCACAAGCAGCUGUACCUGAAGCUUUGUUGUAACUAUUGUCAAUUUAAGGUUGCUAUUUUUGCUACAGUAUUUUUGGUGUCAUUGAUAUUGUGCUUUGGGCUUGGAGAUUGGUCAAGAAUUUGCAGAGCUGCCCGAUCUUAAUCAGAGUAUUUCUUCAUCUUUCUGUUUUGACUGUGUAUGUGAUACAGCUGUAUUUUUCUUUAUUAAUUUUAAGUUGUAUGAGCUAUGGGGAAAUUAGAAGCACAUGCUGGAAUUACAAUGUUUUUAAAAUAUGCCAUGGAAUCUCUUAUUGCAAGACAAAAAUAUGGAAAUCUAUUGAAAAAUUAUGUGAAAUGUUGAACCUGAGUACAACCAACAGAAGCCAUUAUAUUUACAUUUUUAAGUUGUAAAAUGCUGAAAAAAAUCACUUUGUUACUAUAAAGGCUCUACAAUCAUUUA